AUGGCCAAUAAACUCCGUCGAAAAGUGGCAUUAAUUAUUGGGAAUGGUGAUUACACGCGAUCAGACAACAAACUGACCCAUUGCACAAAGAAUGCUACCGAUUUGAGUGACUUAUUACAAAAAAUCGGUUUUGAUAUCAAUGAAAUACAUACAAACAUCAAGCGAGAUAACGAAAUGAAUGUCAUCUUUCGAAAAUUUGCCAACACGAUUGAAGAUGAUGAUAUCAUUUUAUUUUAUUUCUUCGGUCACGGAUAUCAGAUUGAUCAUGUCAAUUACUUGAUACCCAUCGGAGACAAAUACAUCGAAAAUGAGAGUGAUAUUGCAGAUUUUGGUGUCAAUGCUGAACAUGCAUUGGAAUUAUUACUCGAAAAGAAGAAAUCAUACGCGAUGAUAUUCAUUCUCGAUUGUCCAACAUCAUAUUCUUUCAAAGGCAAAUCAGAAUCUGGCAGUACGAUCAAAGGAAUUAAUGUCGAUUCAUCUCUUGGACCAUCGAUACAAUUGAUUUGUACUGAUAACGAAAGAAGAUCUUCGAAUAAUAUAUUCAGUAGACAUCUGUUGGCUAAUCUUGCCGCAGAAAAUGUGACAAUCACCGACAUUUUUAAACAUGUCGAAGAGCUCGUUUCUCGAGAAAGCGAUAGAAAAUUAUGUCCGUUGAUUAUCAAUCGAUUACAACAACAUCAAGAAGUAUACCUCAAUGAAAUUCUGAAUUUUAUACCAGACAUUCCUUCGAAUGCUCGAUGGAAAUCCAAAGGUAUUACAAUUGUUGGUGGAAUAAUAAAUGGCGUUAACGGUCCACAGGGAAUUACUGUCACAGAUAAUCAAACAAUUUUCGUUACUGACACUAAUCAUAAUCGCAUUAUGAAAUACACAGAAGACGGAAGUAAAGCGCGACAAAUUAUCAGUAGAAAAACGGAUGGAAAACAUGAACGUGAACAAUUGCAUCGACCAUCGACAGUUAUUCAAGAUGCAAAAUCAAAAAAAUUGAUAAUUUGUGAUCGUGGACAUUAUCGAAUUGUUCGAUGGAAUCCAAAGACGAGCAGAUUUUCUCAAAUAAUCCAAGAGAAUAUGGCAUGUUUCGGUGUGGCUAUGGACGAAGAAGGUUGUCUUUAUGUCUCCGAUACAGAAAAACAUGAAGUAAGGCGAUACGAAUCUGGUGAUCAGUCCGGAAAAGUUGUUGCGGGCGGCCAAGGGCAAGGUCAUCGGCUGUCUCAACUAAAUUCUCCGACGUAUAUUUUCGUUGAUGGAAAACAAGCUGUUUACGUCUCAGAUCGUUUCAACAAUCGUAUUGUCAAAUGGGAGAAAGAUGCAAAGAAAGGGAUUAUUGUUGCUGGUGGACAUGGCAACGGGAAAGAUAAACAUCAAUUAUUCCGUCCUGCUGGAUUGAUCGUUGACCAAUCCGGCACGGUUUACGCCGCUGAUCAUUUGAACCACCGAAUUAUGCGUUUUCGUCAAGGUGAAACGUAUGGUGAAAUCAUCGCUGGUGAUAAUUAUCUUUCAGGAGAUCGGUCAAACGAAUUGAAUGGUCCUGAAGGGAUCGCAUUCGAUUGUCAAGGCAAUCUCUAUGUCGUAGACUCUUAUAAUAAUCGCAUUCAACGUUUUGAUAUUCAAACAGACUAA